GUAAACGACGACUAACAUUUUGCAGAAUAACUAUGCAAUUCUCGCGGGAAAAAGAAACCGAUCGAUGUUUAUUCAAACUGUGUAUUGUAUAUUCGACUGUUGUCGUUGUUUGAUUUUUGACAGCCGUUGGUCAUUUAAAUUUCAAAAAAUGAACCGAAACCAAUAUUGCUAUUGGUUGCGUCUAGCGGUAAAACGAAACCGAAAGUCUGUGCACUGACGUUCAUCUCUCCUACAUAGUGAAAUAUUCGCACCACGCAGCGUUAUAAUUAGCUGCGUUUAAUGUGUAUGCAACAUUUUUCUCACAUUCUACUCACCAUUCGACAAAUGUCAAACUGAAUUCGACGUUCUCAUCCAUUUGAAAAAUAAACGGAUUUUUCUACUCGGAUUAUAAGUAUCAUUCGACAAUGUGUUCAUAAUAAUGGAUCAAUCGCAAGAAAAUUCACAAGUGAAUCCCGAAAAUGGGCAAACUCCGAAGAAAAACCCGAGAACGCCAAAGAAGUUACCAGGAACACCCAGAAAAAGAAAAUGUUCAAAAGUUGAAACAAAGGGUAAGAAGGCACUUACUUUCUUCGAUGAUGCUGGCAUUCGAGAGGAGAAUGGAGUUGAAAAACACUUUUAUUUGUGCCAAUUGUGUUUAAGAGAAUACGUAGGAUCAAAUCCCUCAAAUUUGGCGUCACAUCUUUAUUACAAACAUCGACAAUUUUACUUGGACAAUAUUGGUGAUGAUGUCGACGAACCAAUUCAAAUAAGACGUUUGAAACUUCUCCAAAAUUGCGUGUCCAUCAUUGCUUUGAGUGGGCGACCGUUCGCGUGUCUGACGGAUUUCGGUUUUCAGGAAAUUGUAGCCAAACAGUUGAAAGAAUUCGAGCGAGCUGGCCAUCCACUAGACUUGAAGAGUAAAUACCAGCCAGCUGUUCAUGAAUACUUGCACCGUGCAGCCGACUUGUCGCGAGAAAAAAUUAAAAGGAACAUCAAAGGAAGCCCAGUUUCAAUUCAAAUCGAUAUGGCGUCUCGUCUUGGCCGAUCAGUUUUUGGAAUCGACUUGCAGUAUGUAAAAAAUGCCAAUAUUAAUAUCCAUAACAUUGGAAUGGUUGUUAUGGACAAAGCGCACACUAGCGACAAUUUGCUCGAAACCUAUCGAAAAUGCUUGAAUCGUUACAACAUCGAGCGAACCCAAGUUGUGAGCAUUUCAGCUGAUAAUGGCAAAGACGUUCAAAAAAUGAUUCGUCUUGAACAGAUGGCCGCCACCGAAGAACCGCCUCGCAAAAAGGUAGCCGUUAGACUUGAUUUUGAAGUAGCAAACCUGUACAAUCGAUCGCAACCGAGAGAUGUAAUCAAUCGUGAAAUAAGUGCCAUAUUGACAACAGAAGAUCCGAGCGACGAUGACGCAAUAGAUAUGAUUUUCGGAGAGUGCGAAAUUGAUCCGGAAAAUGAUCUCGAAAGUGAACAACGUGUUGGGUCAAAUAAUGCUAACGUGUUGGGUCAAAUAAUUCCACAAAUUUCAGUCGAACAUGGUCACCAGUCAUUUGACCUAAGUGCCAUCAGGUGUGCUGCGCAUACCCUGCAAUUAGUAGUGAAAGAUGCGCUGAACAAUAUGCCUCAAGAAACGAAGAACAUAAUAUUGCUGUGCCGACGAGUUGCCAAGAUCCUUAGGUUGGAGUCAACCAAGUAUCUACUUGAAGGAUCUGGCCUUCAAUUGAAGAAGCCCAAACUGGACGUUGAGACUCGAUGGGGCUCAACUUAUGUUAUGUUGUAUGAAUUGGCGAAUUCGCAACAAAUUAUCGAGCACAUUGCGAUGGUAGCAGGAAUGAAGAGAAAAUACCACGAAUUUCCAUUGCUGUUAAAUUCGUGGCGGUCGUAA